CUCUGUCUUCUCUUUCUAAUAUUCUGUCUCCCUCUCUCUAUCUAUCCCCCUUUAUCUGUUUACCAGUAGUAGAUUUGUAUAGGGCGGGGAUCUUUAUUUCUUUAUAUCUAUAUUUCAUGUAUUAUAUUUUUUUCUCCAUUUAUUUCCUGCCAGUGCUUGUUAUGUUAGAAUGGAAUGAGAGCAAGUUUAAACCCUUUAAACUGCGAAUAUCCCUGGUGUUUACGUAUUACGAUUAAACCAAAGCAGCUAAAAUAACUUCCUGUUUGAGACUCGGCGUGGCGUCGCGUCCUGUGACGCAAACACCACGCGACAGCUCGAUCAUUCGGUGAUUCAUUCCGGAGCGAUGGCCAGGAUGUGUCAAGCAAAACGAUCGAAAUGAACAAACUUCAUGGAUUAACACACAAAAAUACAAAUCACUAACAGCGUUUUUUUUAUUGGCUAACAGGAAGAUCGAGCGAGCAUGAAGCUGAUUCAUAAGGACAUCGAGAAGGACAAUGCCGGGCAGGUGACGCUGAUCCCCGAGGAGGCAGAGGACAUGUGGCACACUUACAAUUUAGUACAAGUUGGUGACAGUCUGAGAGCCUCCACUAUCAGGAAGGUGCAGACCGAGUCGUCCACAGGCAGCGUGGGAAGCUCGCGAGUGCGCACCAUGCUCACGAUCUGCGUCGAGACCAUCGACUUCGACACCCAGGCGUGUCAGCUGAGGGUCAAAGGCACCAACCUCGAGGAGAACCAGUACGUCAAGAUGGGCGCCUACCACACGAUCGAGCUGGAGCUCAACAGGAAGUUCACCCUGGCCAAGAAAAUGUGGGACAGCGUGGUGCUCGACCGCAUCGAGCAGGCGUGUGACCCGGCGCAGAAGGCAGAUGUGGCGGCUGUGGUGAUGCAGGAGGGUCUGGCCAACCUGGUGCUGGUGACUCCGGCCAUGACGCUGCUACGAGCUAAAAUCGAGGUCACCAUCCCACGCAAGAGGAGAGGCAGCUGCACUCAGCAUGAGAAGGCGCUCGAGCGAUUCUAUGAAGCCGUCAUGCAGGGAAUCCUGAGGCACUUCAACUUCGACGUGGUGAAGUGUAUACUGGUGGCGAGUCCGGGUUUCGUUAAGGAUCAGUUCAUCUCGUACCUCUUUAAAGAAGCAGUGAGGCAGGAGUGCAAGGUUCUGCUGGAGAACAGGUCAAAAUUCAUGCCCGUGCAUGCGUCGUCCGGACACAAGUAUUCUCUCAAAGAGGUUCUGUCUGAUCCGGCUGUCACGUGCCGUCUGGCUGAUACGAAGGCUGCAGGUGAAGUGAAAGCCUUGGAAGACUUUUACAAGAUGCUGCAACAUGAACCCGACCGAGCUUUUUACGGACUGGCACACGUGGAGAAAGCGAGCGAAGCACUGGGCAUCGACAUCCUGCUCAUCAGCGAUCAGCUGUUCAGGCAUCAAGAAGUAGCUACCCGGAGUCGAUACGUCCGGCUUGUGGAUAACGUGAGGGACAACGGGGGAACCGUCAGGAUAUUUUCAAGCUUGCACGUCUCCGGAGAACAACUGAAUCAGCUCAGCGGCGUAGCAGCCAUCUUGCGCUUCCCCAUCGCCGAUCUCUCCGACGCCGAGGAAAACAGCAGCUCUGACGAAGACUGAUGGAGGGAAACUCGCAGGCCAUCCAGCAUGACAUCGAAACCCUAAAACCCCUCAUUAAUAUAUUUAAACAUAACUAUCCUUCAUUCUAACGGCUCCAAGCAACGUGCCUUUAACAUGUUCACGUGAUCCGCAGUAUAACUUCGGAUUCAAAGACGAUUUCUUUUGUUUCAUAGUAACACGAAAUGGAGAUUUUGGAAUCAUUUAAACGAAAUAACUUUGUCAUUUGACUAUUUGUCACCUUGCUAAUAAGAGGGAUCUUUUUUUCUCUGUUCGGGCGCCAACGAAACGGACAGAACAAACAGCAAAUGUAGCGUUUGUUUUUAAUUUCGAUUGUAUAUAAGAUAAGUUACUUUCAUUAAAAACAGCUGCAUUUGAAAAGCA